AUGUCUGACGGGACUUUGUUCGUCGAAGAUUCGCGCUCUGGGAAGAAAUAUGAAAUUCCCAUUCGCCAUAAUACUGUCCUUGCAACGGACCUUAAAAGGAUCAAAGCCUCAUCUACAGCAGCAAACCGGGCCGACAAAGUCGCAGAUGGCCUUCGUUUGUAUGAUCCAGGUCUUGAAAAUACAACUGUGGUUGAGACGAGCAUGACAUAUGCAGACGCGGAUAGGGGAUUGCUCAUGUUUCGCGGCUAUGCUCUUGAGCAACUGUGGGAAAGUGAAUUCGAGGAUAUGCUUCAUUUGAUGGUUUGGGGAAAAUAUCCAACGCCAUCUCAGAGUGCAUCACUUCGCAAAGACCUCGCUUCACUGAUGGGAGACAUUCCCAAGACCGUAUUUGAAGUGAUUGAAAAGUUUCCACGCGACUGCCCACCAAUGCCUAUGUUAGUCGCCGGACUUGCAGCCUAUCUUUCAGACGAUUUAGACUCCAUCCCUACGUUUAAUGGGGGUAACAUUUUUCAUGGAAACGUUGAAAAAACGGAUGAGGCUAUUCUCAAAACAGUUGCAGCAUUUGCGUCAGUUGUGGGUAUCGCUGGCAGUCACCGGAGAGGAAUCGCGUUUACACCCCCUUCCCUGGACAAGGGAUACCUCGACAAUCUUUUCAAAAUGAUGGGGAUAGUCGAUCCCACAACUAACAAACCUUCUCCGGAGAAACUGGAUUGCUUUCGCAGAUUUACAAUCAUUAAUACUGAUCACGGAAUGGCGUUAUCUGCAUUCGCACAUCUUGUCGCAACUUCAGCUCUAGCAGACCCAAUCUCUGGUCUUAUCGGUUCCCUCGUUGCUGCAUACGGACCCUUACACUUCGGUGCGCCAGAAGCAGCAUACAAAACGAUUAAAAGCAUUGGGGGUCCCCAAAACGUGCCAUCAUUUUUGGACGAAGUAAAAAGUGGAAAACGGAGACUCUUUGGCUAUGGGCACCGCACAUACAGGACUGUGGAUCCAAGACUCGCUCCGAUCAAGUCUGCGCUGCAGACGCUUAAUGUCGAGACUGACAUACCUUUAGAAACAGCCUACGAGAUUGACCGUCUUGCAUCCAAUGACGACUACUUCUUAAAGCGAGGGCUUCAUGCUAACGCAGACUUCUACACUCCGUAUUGCUUUAUCAAAAUUGGCUUUCACCCAGAGGAGUUUCCGAUCGCGAUGUUUGCGCAACGAAUUAUCGGUAUAAUGGCACACUGGAGAGAGGCCAUGCUACGCAAGGUAAAGCUGUUUAGGCCUACGCAUAUCUACACUGGCGAGACAGAGCCGGUAGAGCAUAUCAAGAUACCAUCUAAAUUGUAAUAUGCGAAAUGCAAAUGAAGCCAGAGAGAUGUAAAUAGUUUUUAUGCACAA